AUGAGGAACAGCAGGGAAGCCGUGCAACACCUCGUCAGCUUGGGGUGGAGGUUCUGGCACUUGGGGAUCUGCAGAGCAGUUGUCCCUCUGCAGGCUGCCUGGAAUGCCUUCUCCCAGCCUGUGCCAGCCAGCCGGAAUGAGCUACUGACCCAGCUUCUCCUAUGUGUUUCCUUGGCCAGUCUUAUCGCAGGCCUGGUUCAUCACUGGCUGGUCUCUUUGCAGCUUUAUCCUCUGGGACCCCCUACCUUGGUGACCGCUCUUUGUGGUCUCUUCGUCUUCCUGAGCCUGGGCCUGGUGCCCCCCAUCCGCUGCCUGUUUGCGCUCAGUGUGCCUACCCUGGGCUCUGAGCAGGGCCGCCGCUUGCUCCUGUCCUACAGUGCAGCCAACCUGGCAGUUGCUGUGAUGCCAAACGUCUUAGCUAAUGUGCGCGCAGUUGGGCGAGUGCUGGGCUGUGUUACUGAGGGCUCUUUGGAGAGUCUGCUCAAUACCACUUACCAGCUGCGCCAGGCAGCCAGGGAACUGGUCCCAGCCGGCCAAGCAGUCAGCCGGAGCCUGACAUUUGAGGUGGAGGGCAAUGGCUCAGCCUUCCGACUUCACACGCACAGGGUCACUCAGCAGAUCCUGGAAGACUUCUCUGGCCUGGAGUUCCUGGCUCGGGCAGCAUUAGGGACUCAACGGGUGGUCACCGGAUUGUUCCUGCUGGGUCUCCUGGGCGAGUCGGCCUGGUACCUUCAUCGCUACCUCACCGACCUACGCUUUGACAACAUCUAUGCUACUCGACAGCUGGUUCGGCAGUUGACCCAGGCUGGUGCCACACAUCUUCUGGCCGCUCCACCUCCGUGGCUACUCCAAACAGCCCAAUCUAAGCUGUCCCAAGAGGAGUUGCUGAGCUGUCUUCUAAGGCUGGGGCUACUGGCACUGCUCCUCAUAGCCACAGCUGUGACGGUGGCCUCAGACUAUGGGGCCUUCCUCUUGGCACGAGCAGCUGUAACCUGGGCUCAGGAUUUACCCAGUGUCCCACUCACGCUCACAGUCAAAUACGAUGCCUCAUAUAAGGUCCUGGACUUCAUCCUCUUCGUCCUCAACCAGCCUCCGGUGGAGAGCGUGUUUGCCUCGGUGCAGCGCUCCUUCCAGUGGGAGUUGCGCUUCACAUCCCACAACUGCCAUCUGCCGCAAGCUCAACCGCCCCGUGUCACCGCUGCGCUGGCCGCGGGCGCCCUGCAGCUGCUGGCUGGUGCCACCUUGGUACUGCAGGCCUAUGCCUGGCGCCUGCGGCACGCCAUCGCCGCCUCCUUCUUCCCAGCCCAGGAGGCCAGGAGGCUUAGCCACUUGCAGGCCCGGCUCCAGAGGAGACACGACCGGAGUGACCACCCGGACAGACACGUCAACACUGUGGGCACUCGGGGACCCAGGAAGCCCGGCCGGGGGGCAAGCGCUCUGGAGUCACAGGGAUCUCAGGCACAUGACCCCCUUUCGGCUCCGUAUGACCUUGAGUAG